AUGAAGAUCGCUCCGUUCCGGGCUUCUAUCGCCCUACUAGUUCCACACGCUCUAGCAGUACUUGCUGAAUCUACAGCGACAUCUGCUACGUCCACUACCUCUACUGCCGCGGCACCAAGCUGUACGGCUUCCCUCAUCACUAGUCUCUGCGACUACCCGGAACCUGGUUCAGACUUUGCUGUCGCCAGCGACGGCAAGGCCUUCUGCUGGGACUACUGUAACGCCAAUCCUCCCUGCAACUUUGUUAUCUUCCUUGCCGGCAACCCUUACACGGGCACCGGCACAUGCUGGCUGUACCCGGGUGAAACCUUUGAUGCGAGCAAAGGCAGUUCAGACUGCGGCAACCCCACCCUGUCCGUCUAUAGCAAGCCCGUGUGUGCUGGCGGCAGCGCAACCACCACUACUGGCGCCUGCGCCGCCACCGCGACUCCCUCUGCUAUUGCCUCUGUCUGCGGGUACCCGGCGCCCGAGGACUGCUUUGAUGAUUGUUAUGCUAGUUCGGAUGCAUCGAACUGCUUGAGUCUGUGUGCCAAGGCCGAUUCAUGCAGCUAUGCCGUCUUUAACCCGAGAAAUCCCGACAACUCGCCGUAUGCCUCGGGCACUUGCUGGGUCUAUCCGAACGGCACAUAUAACGCUGACUCUGCCACCGCUUGUAGCGGCGCCCCUGAGCAGUAUGUGUAUAACAACGUUUGUCCUAAGCCAUCAACUUCCUCGUCCGCUCUUUCAUCUGCUACGGCAAGCUCUAGCGCCACUGGAACUGCAGGCACUACUCUGGGUUCAACUAUUAGCGCUGCUAUGGUCUCUAAUGGUACUGCUGCCGCAGGCAAUACUACGGGCUCAACUACUACCAGCAAGAAUUCUGCGCCUGCCGGUCUCCCGCUCACUAAUCCAUUGGCUAUCGGCGUGGCUUUAUUAGUAUGGCAGGCCCUUUGGUAA